UUGUCCCCUUCGAAUUUCUGCGAAUCGAGUAACCUUUCUCUGAAUGGUUAUUAGGUUAAUUUUGCAGAGCAUUACAUUCGAUGUGGGAAGACAAUGAACGCUUGUGGGUAGUGCUGAUGAGGCCGCGGCCAUGAGCACUAUGGACAAGUGCCGCAGUCAACCCAGGAGAGAGAGAGAGAGGGUAUGCUUUGGGACUUUCCUUUUCAUUCAAUUCUCUUGUAGUUUCAGAAAUGGAGCGGAGAGAGAAAGGGAGAUCGGAGGAAGAUGGGUGAAUGAGAAUGUGGAGGUGAUGUACAGCGGCAUCACGGCGGUGAGAGGUUUCAAUGAGUCGUAGUUGCAUUAAGGAAGUUGAUCCAAAGGAUAAGGAUAGGUGGAAUUGCACAGACACAUUUUUCAACCAUCGAAUUGGAAUCCCAGGGAAUUCAUUGACUUCAAUAUUCCAGAUUUCUGAUACAAGGUGCUCAAGUGAAAAUAAUCAGAGACUUUUUUUGGUAGCAAAAUAAUCAGAGACGAGAAUAAAUGAUGGAUGGAAGUGAAGCACUGGAAGACAAACUUCUUGGGAGAGAUCAAAGUGAACAUGUAAAUAAGGACUUGAAAGUAAGAGUUUGGAAUGAAUCAAAGAUACUCUGGAGAAUUGCAUCUCCUGCUAUGAUCACAAGAGUAGCAACUUACGGAAUAUUGGUUGCCACUCAAUCAUUUAUGGGACAUAUUGGUGAAACUGAGCUCGCUUCUUAUGCGGUCAUCCAAAUCUUUCUCGUACGUUUUGCAAAUGGAAUAGUGUAUGGAAUGGCAAGUGCUCUAGAAACAUUAUGUGGGCAAGCAUUUGGAGCAAAGCAUUACCACAUGAUGGGUAUCUAUUUACAACGAUCAUGGAUAGUUGUUUUAUGUACUUCAGUCAUUUUGCUCCCAGUUUUCAUCUUCACUUCACCACUUCUAAAGCUUAUUGGGCAGGAAGAAGAAUUAGCAGAAGUAGCAGGAAAAAUUAGCAUUUGGUUUAUACCUAUUUUGUACUAUUUUGUCUUUUCAAUGACAAUGCAGAAGUUCUUACAAGCUCAACUAAAGAAUAUAAUUAUUGGAUGGUUAUCUACUGCAUCCUUUGUGAUUCACUUGAUCUUAUCUUGGCUCUUUGUCUAUAAAUUAAGCUUGGGGAUACCUGGUGCCAUGGGAGCAAUGAUCAUCUCCACAUGGACAAUGGUAAUUGGGGAAUUUGUGUAUAUCUUUGGAGGUUGGUGCCCUGGAACAUGGAAGGGAUUUUCUAUGAGUGCAUUUACUGAACUUUGGCCAAUUGCCAAGCUCUCUCUAUCGUCUGGUGUGAUGCUUUGCUUAGAGCUAUGGUACAAUGCAGUGCUAGUCUUAGUGGCAGGCUACAUGAAGAAUGCUGCCAUUGCUAUAUCUGCCUUCUCUAUCUGCCUCAAUAUCACUACUUGGGAGCUUAUGAUAUGUGUAGGUUUCUUGUCUGCAGCCAGUGUACGGGUAGCAAAUGAAUUGGGGAGAGGAGAUGCAGAAGCUGCAAAAUUUUCCACUAUUGUCAACUUAAGUACUACACUCUCUAUUGGCGUGCUAUUUUCGGUUCUGUUUUUGGUAUUUAGUCAUGUCAUAUCCUAUGCAUUCACAAGCAGCGCAGAAGUGGCCAAAGCUGUGUCGAGCCUCGCCAGUUUACUUUCUUUGUCUGUCUUGCUCAAUAGCGUUCAGCCAGUGCUCUCAGGGGUGGCUAUUGGUGCUGGUCGGCAAACUUUGGUAGCAUAUGUCAACCUUGCGUCCUACUAUCUGGCAGGGAUUCCUAUAGGCGUGUUGCUCGGUUAUGUUGCAAAUCUUGCUGCUAAGGGUAUCUGGAUUGGUAUGCUUUGUGGAGUUGCAUUGCAAACGCUUGCACUUCUUUGGAUCACUUGGAGAACUGAUUGGAAAGAUCAGGUGGAAAGGGCAUCACAACGUCUAAACAAAUGGCUUUUACCACCUUCUGAAGAUAAAACAAACCAUGCUUGAAGGGACUGUCGCUUGGUGUGAUGGUAAAAAGCUCGGGCUGCCAGCAUGAAGACAAGGGUGGUUCGAGUCUUUUAUUAGUAUUAUUUUGAUUCAAGUUUGAGGGUGCUAUUUUGGGCCAAAAAUCCACUAGAUAGGACGCAACCUCUCACCUAGUAACAGCUACACAAUUUGUAUAAGAAUGACUACAGUGAUAAGGUUAUGACGGGAGGCAGUUCCUCCCCACCCUUCAACACCUCUUUCUUUAGUAAGAGUUCAAUAAGAACC